AAAGCUCGCGCCUGCGACUUUAGCACGAGCCAGUCACUCACAUACAAACGCUCGUAAACACCGAUUAUAUCAAAUAAGAUUCAAACUCUGGCUUCAGAAACAUUAUACAAAUGCUGACUUUACAACACAGUGAGUCCGAGUUUUAUAUGUUUAUACAGAGAGCUGUCAAGCUGUGCUUUUUACGUCGGGUUAGCGUGCUAGUUUAUAACGUUAACUCCUCCAGUUGUGGUCAACAAUCAGAAGACAAACAAUCAGUCGAGUUUCAUUUAGUUUGAUCUAUAAUAAAUUGCCAAGCAAGCUCUGGAGAUUUCUUAAGAUAUAGGGGUGUUAUUAUUGUUUGGCUAAGCUAGUUUAAUACAUUGAUUUAUAAUAAUGUGUCUUUAUGUACGUUAUUUCUGUGAAAUCCUCAUUUAUAAAUGUAACGUUAGCUAGUAAACAUACACAAUGGCCUGUCAGGGUCAUAUAAACCUCAUUUUAACUUCACUUUAAUGGCGUUUUGUUAGCAUCACUGGAGGCUGUGAGGCUCAAAUCUCCGUGUGUUGAUAGUUUGAGGAGGUUGACAGAGGAAAUCCACUAUCUGUGUGUCAAAACACACUUUAUUCUUGCUUGGGCCACAACAAGCAAGUGAAUUUAUCGCGUUUGGGGCUCAUAUUCAGCAUGGCUAAGCUUCAGUCGGGUAACGGAGUGCAGCGGGGCACGGUGGAGAGUCUGGCCGAGCACGAGAGCUCUUCUCUGGGAUCGGACUCCGAGCUCAACGGCUUCACGGAGAUCCAGACAGACAAGUACGGAUUCAUAGGAGGAGCUCAACAAAGCACAGGAGAAAAUGAUAAUAUUCCUCCAGACGUGCUCCGGCAGAGAGAAGCCAAAUGGCUGGAUAUGCUCAACAGUUGGGACAAGUGGAUGGCCAAAAAACACAAGAAGGUAAAGUUGCGCUGUCAGAAGGGCAUCCCUCCAUCACUCAGAGGUCGUGCGUGGCUUUAUCUCUCUGGUGGAAAAGUGAAGAAAGAACAGAAUCAGGGCAAAUUUCAGGAGUUGGACAGUCAGCCUGGAGAUCCUAAAUGGCUGGAUGUGAUCGAGAGAGACCUCCACAGACAGUUUCCAUUCCACGAGAUGUUCGUAUCUCGAGGAGGCCACGGGCAGCAGGAUCUGUUCCGGGUGCUGAAGGCGUACACACUGCACAGACCUGAGGAGGGUUACUGUCAGGCUCAAGCUCCUAUAGCCGCAGUGCUGCUCAUGCACAUGCCAGCUGAGGAUGCAUUCUGGGGUCUGGUCCAGAUCUGUGAGAAGUAUCUGCCUGGAUACUACAGCGCAGGCCUGGAGGCCAUCCAGUUAGACGGCGAGAUCUUGUUCGCUCUGCUCAAGCGCGUGGCCCCGGUGGCCCACCGGCAUCUGAAGAAAUACAAGAUUGACCCUAUCCUCUACAUGACUGAGUGGUUCAUGUGUGCCUUCUCCAGGACGCUGCCCUGGGCGUCUGUCCUGCGCAUGUGGGACAUGUUCUUCUGUGAGGGAGUGAAGAUCGUCUUCCGUGUGGGUCUGGUGCUGCUGAAGUGCAUGCUGGGAUCUCAGGAGAAACUGAAAGCAUGUCAGGGCCAAUAUGAGACCAUGGAGCUGCUCAGAUCUAUAGAGCCACGAUACAUGCAGGAGGCUUUCCUGGUGCAAGAGGUCAUUGAGUUGCCCGUGUCUGAGCGAGACAUAGAGAAGGAACAUCUCUUUCAGCUCCGGCGCUGGAAGGAGACCAACGGAGAGCUACACUGUAAAUCCCCUCCCAGAAUGCACGGCGCCAAAGCCAUAAUAGCCGCUGAGCCGCCCAGUCGCCAGGACCUCAAACAGAACCCCACGAUCAUCGUCGAAGUACCGCAAACCACCGAGAGCAAGACGGAGAAAGGGAAAAAAGCAAAGAGCAACAUGCAGAAGAAAACCGACAUGAAAAACACCUCACCACCUCUUAAUCCGUAUCCGUUACCCAGCGACCCAGCAUUAGCGAGCGAUACCCUCGCGCCCAGCGAAUCACAGCACCUGCAGGGCUCCAAUCAGAGUCUCAGUAGCACAGAAAACGACACCUACCUGUGAAGCACUGGAAGAGGGACGCCAGUGUUGACCGCUGAAUGUUUACUGUGCAGAAAGAUCUGCCUCCCCACUCUCAGGAUUUGGCAUCGAAGGGGAGAUCACAUGACACGACUGGACCAAAACAUACUUCUGGGAGUCACAAUCACAUAGGAGAGCAUGGAUUAAACCAUAUACAUCAUGAGGGUUUCAGCUGUGUUUACAUGAUUAUAUGUAUAUCUGUGUGUGCAUGUUUGGAAAUGAAAUGGACAAAUAGCAAAAACCAACUCUCAGAUCUCCAAAUGAAGCAUUAAUGAGCUGCGCUGGAUGAGAAGUUCUUAUGAUCUUUAAACUAGUUAUGAUUAGUGUUAGCGAGUGCAGAGAACAUACUGUUGUGGGAUGUAAGUACAUUUCCAUCAUCUGCCUCAGGAGACUGAAUUUGUCUGUUUUUGUAUCUUUAAAGGAAUAAACCAAAAAUAUUUAAGCGUAAGUUUAAGAUUUAUGCUUUUGAACUGCAUAUAAAAUGUCCAUCCAUUAGGAUUACACAGUUUAAACAUGAGCAAACUAAUGCACCUAAUCUGAUGCGUUUUUUUCAGUCAUGCAUAAAUGAAAUGGGUUCGAUUUCUGAACUGAAUGUGUUUAAAUGCACAGUUUAUAUAUUUAUUAUAAAGCAAUCUAAUUUCUUUCAAUCUCAUACAUCCCAUACUAAUAUUUAACAAAUUUAGUUUGUUCCACAGCUAGCCAAAUUUGAACUAUGUUCAUUCAGCUAAAGCAAUUUAAUUGUUUUCACAAUGACCAGAUUUAUGUUGAUUGAUUGAUUGUUAGUUUAUGAUAAAACCAUGUAAUCCAAAUAGAUGGAAAUUUCAUAUGCAUUUCAAAUACAUGCAUCUUAGACCUAAAUAUUUUUUUAAGGAAAAAGAGAAAAAAACCCUACCUUUGUCAUGUUCUAAAACCUGUAUUUUGUUAUUUAUUAGUGGAACCAAAAAGCAGCAAUUUAGAAGAAUCUUUCCAUCUGUCAAUUUCCAAAAAGCAUUAAAAUGCUAUUCAGGAAUUUUAUGUGACAUCGUAUGCUAAUAUAGACUGCUUUUAACGGCGUUUCCUGAAAUUUUAGGUCAGAAGUCCUGCAUUAAUAUUCUUCAGAAAAACCUAAGCGAGUAAAUAUUUGACUGAACUGUUGCUUUAACUACUUGAUUGUGCAUUUGACUGGCAGCGAAUAUUCAAUUGCAUUUCGCCUUCUUGAGCACUAGAGGGCGCCAAGAUGAAUGCCAGAGAUCUGCAUUACAUCCGGAGACCAAACAUUUCUGUUCUGUCAAAUCUUCAUUUCAAGCUUCGUGCUCUCUGACAAAACGCUAAAUAUAUAAAUCUAUUUAUCUUAGUACAAAAAUGAACAUUUAUAAAACAGAAUCUAGCUCUUUUGCUAAAUAGAUUUUAAUUCUCUGCAAGUGUCAAUCGGAAUCAGUCCACUGAAUGAACUUUUGGGAGUAAUAUUAGGCCUACAGUAUAUAAGCCAAAUAACAGGUCUCUGCUCAGACCAGGUUUGCUCGUCUGUCAUGACAGAUUCUCUGUACAUUCCAUAUGUUUUGAUUCUCGUCAUGAUUUCUGUAGCGGUCCAGUGUGAUCUUGAGUGUUGUGUAUAUGUGUGCUGGACAGUGAUCUACAUGACUUUGACUGUCAAAUUCUUGACCAAGAGAUUGUUUGCACAUUUCUGUCUUGAUUUGCUAAAACUGAAGGGGUGCUGUAGGGCACAAUCCUCUGACCUUUUGUAGGGUGAAGAAAAUUAUAUUUUUAAAGCUCUAUGGAUUUAUUUUCUCUGAUGUAAAUCACAUAUCCAAGACAAUUUUAACACUACAAGACUUUAUUUAUUUUCUUCCUAUGGCUUCUUGUAAGUAUAGAAGAUAUGUAUAUUCAUGAGCAUUUAUAGCCAGAUUUGCUAUUGUAUGCACUCAUGUUUUUCUUUGGGAGCUAAAAAAAAUUGAGCUCAGGUUAUUUCAUUGACCUGACUGUUUGCCGAAUAUUUUACUAUGAGGAACCACAAACAGAUACUUAGUAUGCAUGCUUGAUAUAUUUGAUUGCUGAAUUUUAUGCUUUAGUGAUCCAGGUAACAUAUUUAUCAAGCUUUUUAGAAUUAGGUUCAAAUCUCUUUUGGGACAUGCGUUGAGGUUGAGGAGAUAUAUUUAUGCAUAGACUUAAAGUCCCUAAAUGCUGUAUUACAUUUUUAAUGUGAGAAGUAAACAUUCUUAAUGUUAUCAAUAACAUUAUAUGGUUACUAUAUGAGUUGUUUCAAAAAAGAACAUUGUAGUAUAAUUUGUGAGAAUUCAAGAUACUUGAGAUUUUAUUUUCCUGUGUUCACGCUCAAAUUGUUACUUCCUCUGUAUGCAAAUUACAUUUCUGAGCAAAAACCACUGGGAAAAAAAUAUUCAUUAUAAAAUAAAUUUGAUAUUCUCA